GCUGGUACAGCGUGUUGAAUAAACAAUGGGACACCGUCUCACUCGGACAAAAACACAUCAAAGUCGGAUCAUAUCAUCCACCCAGCCCACAAUCGACAGCCCAUCCGCACGCCAGGGUGUCCCGUUUCAAACCGAGUGUGCUGUAACGACCUCGGGCGAGUGCGUCGCCGGCCUCUUUGGAGACUGCAACCUUGGCUGGAGCUGUACCCCGUGAGAACGGCGAAACAAACAAACACUGCAUGGUUGACCAAUUCGUCACCGGCACCAAUGUGCAGUGUCCGCAUAUGUUACGUGGCCUGGGCUGCUCUCUGGCGUGAGGGGGGACCACAGGGGCGGCCGCGGGCUGGCCGUCAUACGCUGAUGGCGAUAUGACGUCAACCGUGCGGCAGGGACCUUCGGCAGCAGCCGCAUCAGAGGAGCCAGUCGUCUUGCGCAACAACAGGAAGCCACCGCAGACUUGUUAUCUCGACAAGCGGCGAAAUGCUCCGAGCAGGACUGCGCUGCCCUGGACAGGCCACACGAGCUUGUCGAGGGUUCGUCUGCCUCACCCUUCCAUUUGUUUGUUGGGCAACGGCGAUGACGCAAGGCUAAGCAGCCCACCGGGGUCUCCUUUGCGCUCCAGCUCCAAUUUACCAACUGCCGAUGAGCAGACACCGCCCUGCUCUCUGUUUUUCCGCCCAGAAACCACCGUUUCCAGACACCUAGCGUCCCCACACACUCCCACCCCCAGACGUGCGUUCCCGCAGCACCCAUCGAUCAUGGCAAUCUCGGCGUCGUAUAAAGGCCAGCGCUCUCAUCGCCGACAGAGCCUCUCCGGGAUCACCUCGGACAAGGAGGCCAAUGCGCUGAGAUUCAGUGCGUACAGCUGCUCAGAAAGCACCUCGGCCGCAUACAAUCGCUCGCCGCUUGGCCCAGCGGCGUCGUCGCAAUGGGCCUCAUCCUUUCGCUCGAGCUGGGCGGCGGCCGAUCCCGAUGAAGUAGACCGCCCCGCGAGCCUCUCUCGAUACAAGCACAGGCCCAAGUCGAUCCACUGCAUCACUUCCGGUUCACGGCGGCCCUCAUUGGGCUCGCUGGCAACAUCGUCGAGACAAAUGAUCCUCCGAUCGGGUUCAGACAACCAGCUGGACGCCGACCAGCAGCUGCCGCCUUCCAAGGCGCCCUCGAACGGAGGUAGCGUGGGGUUCCCGAUGUUGCUCCACUCUCGAGGAGCCACCUCCUCCCGAUGGAGCCUCUUCAGCCGUCUCAGCAGCGGCCACCGGACGAUCGCCAGCUCGUCGUCGUCCUCUCGCCGGUCCCGAGUUUGCCGCUAUGUCCUCGAGGUCCAUCGGAUGCUACUGGACCAAGGCAUGUCCCCGACCGAGUCGGUCAACUUUAUGGAGCGAUUCAACUUUGUCCCUGACUCGGGAAUCAAGCCCACCAUUGACUUUGAGCAGCAGCGCCUGUCGGACGUCAUCUUCGACAUCGAGCUGUGCUGGAACAAGAUGCAGCAGCACUUUCCCACGGACCAGCAGCUCAGCCGCAACCAGAUCUUUUGCGUCUACGAAGUCAUCAUCAUGCGAGAGCUCGAGGGGGUUUCGCCAGAGACCCGAAGUCGUUUCCUCUCAGGUUCACCCCAGGACAAUGCAUCUCUCCAGAGAACCUCGGACCGCCGGCCUAGCCUCUCGUCGUUUGCUUUCUCGGCCUAUGCCUCCAGCGCGACCCUGUCGGACCGGAUUUUCGACGACAUCGGCGUCUCAGGCCGAUGCGCCGACCAGUCCACCCACUCGGCCACCUCGAGCCGACACGAGUCACGAAGCAUCAGCGAGAAGGAGGCUGCUAUCUCGCCAUCGUCGGGCCGAGGACAGUCUUCCCGCACGCUGCUGCUGCAGUCGCAGUCACAGCCUCAGCUGCUCAACGGACGACAGAGCCAAUACCAAGAGGCCAAGUCUCUGUUUGGGUGCCUGACCUCGCUGCGGAGCCGCUCGUCCGCAUCAGGAACCUUGGUCGCUGACGCUUCGUCGUCGGCCCGCUGUGAGAAGCCCAAGCUGCUCGCGCUCGAUGAACCAGGUGGCCGUCAGCUGCGACGAAGCGACACCCACCUGUUUCUUUGGUCCCAGAGCAUCGGGACCUGCCGCGCCUUCUUCACUGUUGCAUCGCCAGCGGACAUCCAUGGCCCUUGGCGACUCGAUCGGCCGCAGUUCUCUCGCAGUCGAGAACAAGCAGGGCCAAGACCAAGUUCAAGACCAGGAUCAGGAUCAGGAUCAGGAUCAGGACCAGGAUCAGGACCAGGACCAGGACCAGGACCAGGACCAGGACCAGGACCAGGACCAAGACCAAGACCAAGAGUCGGCCCGCAACGGCGUUCUGUCGCCCAAGACAGGCCCCAAAAUGCUGCAGAGGCUCAUCCGGUGUCUCCAAGGAUGUCUCGGGAGACAUCACUUGGAUUCCAAGGAGUGAGCCAAACGCAGAGCCAUGGCAGACCGAGUGGGAAUGCGUGCUGAACGCAGCAACCCAGCCAAUGUACUACCCGUCCCCCCUCCCAAAAUGUGUGUGUGAAUGACUCCCUAUACCCAACUAGAUUGAUCCAGUACAUCGUUUAGAGCAUUCAUGCAAUAAAAAAGGCAAACAGAAGUGUCUUGCUUCUGCAGUGCUCGCAAAGUGAAA